CUGAGAGUAGUGUGCCUGCAUGCCGGGGAGAGAGAGGCAAGGUCAGUGUGUGGAGAGACGGACAGCACCCAGAUCUAGGGCCCCUCCCCUAAAAUGCUCCGCCUCUUAAUUGACACCAACCGCAGUCUCAUUGGUCGAGCCCCCCACAGAGGCGCCACCACCACCGCCACAGAGCGGAUUAAGAGGGAUGAGAGACGGCGGCGCCAGCAGUGUCAGCUGGAGGAGGCGGCGGCCUCUCAGGAAACGGUGUCGCCAGGUAAAGGCCGGCGCUGGAAAGACAAAGAGACCAUUGAGUACGAAGGUCGUACAGCGCCAGGAGAAAAGAAAGACACGAGCAGCCCGCUCCCCGCAGCGUACAGUCCCCGAUAUGUGGAGGCCGCGUGGUAUUCCUGGUGGGUGAAGCAAGGAUUCUUCAAGCCGGAGUACCAGCGUCAUCUCCCCCACGCAAGGCCGGAGGUCUUCUCUCUCUGCAUCCCUCCUCCCAACGUCACUGGCUCCUUGCACCUCGGCCACGCGCUGACGGUAGCCAUUGAGGAUUCUCUUGUGCGCUGGAGGAGGAUGCUGGGUCAGAAGGUCCUGUGGGUGCCAGGAUCGGACCACGCGGGGAUUGCCACUCAGACUGUGGUAGAGAAGAACCUGCAUAAGGAACGAGGCGUCUCUCGCCAUGAUUUGGGUCGGGAGGAAUUUCUCAAGGCCGUGUGGGAAUGGAAGGAGAGUAAAGGGGAUAGAAUUUAUCACCAGCUGAAAUCUCUUGGAGCUUCUCUUGACUGGGACCGAUCCUGCUUUACCAUGGACAAGCGUUUCUCCCGAGCAGUGUCUGAAGCCUUCAUCCACCUCUACGAGAAGGGUUUGGUUCAGCGCCGGCAUCGUCUCGUGAACUGGUCCUGCGCCCUCCGAUCAGCCAUCUCCGAUAUUGAGGUGGAGAGUCGGCAGCUGAAUGGUAAAACCUACCUCACUGUGCCCGGCUACGAGAGGAAGGUUCCCUUUGGACUCCUGUUCAGCUUUGCUUAUCCCAGUGCAGGAGGAGACGGGGAAAUUAUUGUGGCCACCACACGCCCAGAGACUAUGCUGGGAGACACUGCCGUGGCGGUCCAUCCAGACGACCCCAGAUACCUGAAAUUCCAUGGAAAGAAUCUCCGUCACCCCUUUACUGGACGAUUGCUUCCUGUUGUCACCCAUCAGCUGGUCAACCCGGAGUUUGGCACCGGAGCGGUAAAAGUGACCCCUGCUCACAGCCUGGCAGAUUUUGAGAUGGCUCAGGACCUGGCGCUCCCAUCAGUUUCUGUAAUUGGAGAAGAUGGAGCCAUGACAGAAGCCGGUGGAGAUUGGAUUCAGGGCGUGAAAAGGUUUGAUGCCCGGGAGAAAGUUCUGGCAGCGCUGAAGGAGAAAGGGCUUUACAGAGGAGACUGCGAGCACGCCAUGCUGCUGCCUGUCUGCAGUCGCUCUGGUGACGUGAUCGAACACUUACUGAAGAGACAGUGGUUUGUGAACUGUGGGGGGAUGGCCCAAAAGGCUGUAAGGGCGGUGGAGUCAGGAGAGCUGAGGAUCACGCCGUCUUAUCACCAGAAGAACUGGAAGAAUUGGCUCUUAAACAUCAGUGACUGGUGCAUCUCGCGGCAGCUGUGGUGGGGACAUCAGAUUCCAGCCUAUCUCGUGAGCUUGUCUCAGGCUCCGUCUCUCCAGGAUAACAGCGAUGAGAGUAAAGGAUUCUGGGUAGCGGCCCAUAGCGAAUCGGAGGCCAGAAAGAAAGCCGCCAGCGUCUCAGGAAGACCAGAGUCCGAGCUCAGCCUUAGAAGAGAUGAAGACGUUCUCGAUACCUGGUUUUCAUCGGCUCUUUUUCCGUUUGCUAUGCUGGGAUGGCCGGAGCAGACCAAGGAUCUCGAGGAUUUUUACCCCAACUCUCUCUUGGAGACGGGCAGUGACCUCCUGUUCUUCUGGGUGGCUCGGAUGGUGAUGUUAGGAGGACAGCUCACAGGGCAGUUACCAUUUAAAGAGGUGUUCUUGCACUCCAUGGUCCGAGAUGCUCAUGGGAGGAAGAUGAGUAAAUCUCUAGGAAAUGUUCUCGAUCCUCUGGAUGUGAUGACAGGAAUCUCCUUGGAGAGCCUGCGGGGGAAGCUAAAAGAAGGAAAUCUGGACCCACGAGAGUUUAAAGUGGCCGAGUCCGGACUGAUUAAGGAUUACCCCCAUGGGAUCCCGGAGUGCGGGACGGACGCCCUGAGAUUUGCCCUUUGCUCACACAGAGUACAAGGUGAUGACAUCAAUCUGGAUGUCGCCUCGGUCCUCGCCGUGCGCCACUUCUGCAACAAAGUGUGGAACGGGGUGAAAUUCACGCUCUCUGCGCUGGGGGAAGGGUUUACUCCUCUACCAAUGGCAGAGCUGAGGCCGCAGGCUCCCCUGGACCGAUGGCUGCUGGACCGACUGAGGCAGCUGACUGAGGAGCUCGAGAAGAAGCUCCGAAGCUAUGAGGUUCACCAGGCGACGGCGGCCAUUCAUGCCUUCUGGUUGAAGAACUACUGUGAUGUUUAUGUGGAAGCUGUAAAACCCGUUCUGAAGGGGCCCGGUGGCCCCGACGCUCGUCAGGUGCUCUACUGGGGGGCGGAGCAGACUCUUCGGCUUCUGGCGCCCUUCACCCCUUACCUUUCAGAAGAACUGUGGCAGCGCUUGCCGGCGUCCACCUCGCGGCGCGCGCCCAGCGUCUGUGUCGCAGAGUACCCCAGCCCCUGGCACACGGCCCACUGGUCGUAUCCGGAGGAGGAGCGGCGCUUUGACUUUGUGUAUUCCGUGAUUAGGACGCUGCGCGGCCUGAGGAGCGACUACAACUUGACUAAAGCCAGGCCUGAAGUUUAUAUCUCCUGUUCCCAAGAAGACGACCUGCUCUCUCUCCAGUCCUUCCUGUCUCCCCUGCAGACCCUCUCAUUCUCGGGGCCCCUUCACAUCCACCUCUCAGGGGCCACACCUCAGGAGUGUGGGGAUGGUCCUGGCUGGGCCUCAGGAGACGUGACCGAUAACUCUCAUGUUUACAUGAACCUGAAGGGAUUGGUGGAUCCUUCCGCAGAGCUCCACAAGCUGCAGGCUAAACUUAAGAAGUUGGAACAGAUCAAAGGCAAGAUGAAGGAAGAAGUGGAGGAGGUGGAGGAGAAUUCUCUGCAGAUGAAAAUCUUAAGAAUACGACGCACAAUGAAGACGUUGGAGCAGAUGUCUUAGGAGGGGAGGAUAUGCAGCAACUGGAGCCAAGUGUAAUAUCAUGUGCCACCUUGUGGUCACUGUGUGUAUCGCAGGCACUGAGGGAGCUUUGGCGCUGCCUACCUGACUUCCUGUCCUUUCCUCCGACGCUACAGUCAAUGUAUAUGUUGUAAAAUCUGAAUUUUA